CCGGCCCGCGGACCCCGACCAGAGACGCAAGAUGGCGGUGGCCGCGUAACUGAGCAUCCCGCAGGCUUCGCUCCGAGAACGCGGAGGACUGACACUGGGGGGCAGCGAAAGGACGAGAGCAGGACUCUGGUGUCGUUUGUUAAUCGUGGUUGCGUGAAGCUUGACUCCUCGGGCAUAUUGCGGGGGAGUGUCUGCUGUUGUCCUAAGUCCUAGAGCACAGGGAACCACAGUAACCCGUAUUUUGUAAAAUUGGGGCCCUUGAUAGUUGGCAAAAUGGCGAUGACACUGUUGGAAGACUGGUGUAGGGGGAUGGAUGUGAACUCCCAGAGAGCCCUGCUGGUCUGGGGGAUCCCAGUGAACUGUGACGAGGCUGAAAUCGAAGAGACCCUCCAGGCUGCGAUGCCCCAGGUGCCCUAUCGAGUGCUUGGGAGAAUGUUCUGGAGGGAAGAGAAUGCCAAAGCAGCCUUGUUAGAGCUCACUGGUGCUGUCGAUUACACCGCGAUCCCCAGGGAGAUGCCAGGUAAAGGAGGGGUGUGGAAAGUGGUCUUUAAGCCCCCGACUUCCGAUGCUGAAUUUCUAGAAAGGUUGCACCUCUUCCUAGCAAGAGAGGGGUGGACCGUGCAGGAUGUUGCCCGUGUCCUUGGGUUUCAGAACCCCACUCCGGCCCCAAGCCCAGAUAUGCCAGCAGAGAUGCUAAACUAUAUUUUGGAUAAUGUUAUUCAGCCUCUUGUUGAGUCCAUAUGGUACAAGAAGCUGACACUCUUCUCCGGGAGGGACAUCCUGGGGCCUGGAGAGGAGACAUUUGAUCCCUGGCUGGAGCACACUAAUGAGGUCAUAGAGGAGUGGCAGGUGUCAGAUGUGGAAAAGAGGCGGCGGUUGAUGGAGAGUCUUAGAGGCCCUGCUGCUGAUGUCAUACGCAUCCUCAAGAUCAGCAACCCUGCGAUUACCACCGCCGAAUGCCUGAAGGCGCUUGAGCAAGUGUUUGGGAGCGUGGAGAGCUCUAGGGAUGCGCAGGUCAGAUUUCUGAACACUUACCAGAACCCGGGAGAAAAGUUAUCUGCUUAUGUCAUUCGUCUGGAGCCUCUGCUGCAGAAGGUGGUGGAGAAGGGGGCCAUAGAUAAAGAUAACGUGAAUCAAGCCCGCCUGGAGCAGGUCAUUGCCGGGGCCAACCACAGCGGGGCCAUCCGGAGGCAGCUGUGGCUGACCGGGAUUGCGGAAGGGCCAGCCCCAAACCUCUUCCAGUUGCUGGUGCAGAUCCGCGAGGAGGAGGCCAAGGAAGAGGAGGAGGAGGCUGAGGCUGCCCUCCUGCAGUUAGGCCUGGAGGGGCACUUCUGAGUCCCCAGAAAAGGGGCUUUAGUGCAGACCUAGAUCACAGCUGCUUUCGUUCUUUGUCUCUGUGCUGUCUUACAGGUGUGUCUCCUAGUAGUAAAGACUUAGCCA